CCGUCCAUCACACAGCGCAGCCAAUCCCGUUCCAGGUGGUUGGGAGCGGGGGGCGUGGUCACGGUUGCCGUGGCAGCAGGUCUGUGUGAGGCUUGUACGGAGGCUCAGCACUCAUCAAGGGGGGCAGCAAACAUGGAGGAACUGGAAGAAAACUUGUCAAGUGAAGAACUCAGACCGUGUAAGAUUUGUGGUAGAACGUUCUUUCCUGCUACCUUGAAAAAGCAUAUUCUAAUUUGCCAAAAAGCAUCUACAAAAAAACGAAGAACAUUUGACUCAAGUCGGCAGAGAGCAGAAGGCACAGAUAUAACUACAGUAAAGCCAGUGAAGAAACGGCCAGAACCUCCCAAAAAGCCAUCCAACUGGAGGAGAAAACAUGAGGAGUUUAUUGCCACCAUAAGAGCAGCUAGAGGAAUUAAUUUAAAGGAUGGGGGAGAACUUCCACCCCCACCUCCACCUUCCUAUGACCCUGAUUAUAUCCAGUGCCCAUAUUGUCAAAGGAGGUUUAGUGAAAACGCAGCAGAUCGGCAUAUCGGCUUCUGCAAAGAACAGGCUGCACGGAUUACAAAUAAAGGGAAACUAGGAGCGGAUACUAAAGUGAAAAGUCUUCCUCGUCCUCAGUUGAAGCCUCCCAGUAUCAAGAAAACUAAUUCUCCUGCGUCUGUAUCUAAUGCAACUAGUCGAUUGCCGCAGCCACCAAAUUUUGGUAAAUCUGCUUCAGGGAUUCCUUCUGGAAAGUCAUCCGCAGGGACUGGAACAGCAACUCCAAAUAAAUAUCAGUCUUUCUCUCCUGCACAUAAAAAUGCAAGCCCCCAGGCUGGAGGUACAACAAAGUCUCGAACACCACCAAGUUUGGCCAAAAAUCCAACAACUGACACUUCAUUGAACAGAAGGAAAACCUAUAAUGCUGAAAACUAUUCAAGGCCUGACAAUAAAUCGGGUUAUACUGCUGGUGAAAACCCGAGCACUGUGAAUGGAAAUCGCAUGAGAGGAGUGGAUAAUAGCACGUUAGGACAGCAGAAAACGUUUUGCCACGAAUGUGGCACUAAGUACCCAGUUCAGUGGGCAAAAUUCUGCUGUGAAUGUGGGGUUAAACGAAUGGCUCUGUAAGAUAUUUCUGAUGUACAGUCCAAAAGAGCAAGCAGCCCCCGAGUUAGUGUGGAUUCUUUCUAGUCUAUAUAUAAAUAAAAAUGAAUAACUGAACAUGAGGCGCACAUUAAAGAUUUCAAGCUGCUGUGGAAAAUUCUGCUUACAGUAAUUUGCUGCAAGUACACACAACUAUUACAUAACACUAGAUAUUAAAAUAAAUCGAAGCAGUUUUAAGGCUUUGCCCUCUCACCUCCCAUUUAUAAAUAAAUUUGCCACAGGACAAAGUUUUGCUCUGAUGACUAAGAUAGUGCUAAUGUUGCAUGUUUAACUAAAAUUGUAUUAUCAGCACACAGAAUGUUUACAUGAUACCCCAAGUGCAUAGUUUGUAUAGAGGCUUCCUGAAAAGGAAGUUAAAUAACACUUCAAUGCCGUUUCACCUGCUAUGAGGGAUGCAAUUUACCGUAACAACCUUGGACUUUCUGUGCUAUCAAAUAUAACGGACCCUUUCGUUGUUUGCAUUCUACACAAACAGGUUUUUGCUUUCCACUAUUACAUUUUGGAGCAGUGACUGUCAGUAAUAUUUUUUUUCCAUUUUUCAUUCACAUAUAUAUUUUACACUAACACAUUUUGUUUUUAUAAUUGUUUAUUGUAAUUGAUUUUAGUUUCCAUUUUUUUGUUAUUUGUUUUAUCCUGUAUUUAAAAAAAAACCAAACCGUGUACUUUGUCACUGCAUUCAUUUGGUACGUGUAUAGAUUUUAUAGAUGUGGAUAGAACGAAUGCAUUAAGUAGUGCUUCUU